AUGGAAACAAUCAUUCGAGAGCGGAAUCUCUGGCCUGCAACUGGACUCAAUGCACAGUGCGAGGGAUUCAAGUGCGAGCUUAACCGCACAGACUGUUGUUGCCGGCGAUUAUUGUUUUCCCAACCAGAUUUCACUUCGCAAAAAUCUCACCUCGAAGAAUACAUCACUUCCCGUGGCCACAUCUGCGAUUUCUAUCCAAAGUUUCAUUGCGAACUAAAUUUCAUCGAACAAUACUGGGGCGCGGCAAAAUUUCGAUACCGAACGAGUCAGCGCACAUGUGAUAUGGAUGCGAUGGAGAGAAAUGUCAUUGAAUGCCUCGAUGAUGUACCAUUACUUCAAAUUCAAAGAUACGCAAAUCGAUCUGCGUGUUUCAUUUCCGCGUAUGUACAAGGUCUUACUGGUGGUGAGGCAGCUUGGGCUAACCGUAAAUACCACGGACAUCGCACUCUACCCCCCUCUAUGAUUCUUGAAGUUAAG